AUGAGAACAGCAAUAAUACUCUUUUUCACUUUCCAAGUGGCUUCCCUGAACAUCAUGACCAGUGUAUACCAUUCCUACAACCAGAGUGAAUUUCUCAUGUUGCCUCUUGGUAAAAAGUUCACAUGCAAAAACCUGGCAAAUUGUGCCAGUCAAUGUUUGGCCACAAACACAACAUGUUUUAGUUUCGCCUACAACAAAAUUAACAGAACCUGCUCAUUGGGUUCAUGGCUUGUACCAUACAACAACACAAUGACCUCAGACACCACAAAGAUAUACUCUAACGGGAUACUGUGCAACAGUUCGUCAGGUGUGAAUCUAACGAUGACAAGCCCCUGUCCAGAUAAUCACGUGAAUAUAGGAAACAACCCGACCUUUGACCCUUUCAACCUGAAUGUCUACAAAUCAUGUCGUGAUGUCAUCAGCAACGAACCACGGAAGGUCGUGACCCUUACAUCCGGGCUAGUCGGCAUGUGUGACACAGUGACAGACGGUGGAGGAUGGACCAUCUUCCAAAGACGUGUGUCUGGGACCGUAGAUUUCUACCGCGGCUGGGAGGAGUACAAACACGGGUUUGGGGAUUACGGCAUUGGGGAAUUUUACCUGGGAAAUGAAAAUCUUUUUCGCCUGACCUCUAAAGUUGCCCACGAACUUCGGGUUGAUCUAGUCUACAACGGAAACUACUACGCCAAAUACUCCAGGUUUAAAUUGUCAAACGAGUCUGAAGGCUACAAGCUUUCUAUUUUUAAUUACACUGGCACAGCUGGGGAUUCUCUGGGGUUACAUAACAACCAUAUGUUUACCACAUAUGACAGAGAUAAUGAUGAUGGGCCCGGUAACUGCGCUGAAGUAUUUUUAGGCGCAUGGUGGUACGUGGCUUGUCACGAAUCUAACCUGAAUGCUCAGUUUGGAAGCAGCAGCUAUGCCAUAGGUUUAAAUUGGUACUUGUUAACUGGACUUUAUAAUAGCGUACAGUUCACUGAAAUGAAGAUGAGACCAAUUGUUUUAGCACCAUAG